AUGGAUCUGCUGCCGUCGAGCGCGGACGAGUUCAGGUCGCGCGAGUACUGGGACAGGUUCUUCAGAAAGCGCCGUGGCAAGGCGUUCGAGUGGUACGGCGAGUGGCACGAGCUCAAGCCGCUGCUGCUGCGCCCCGAGUGCUGCGGCGCUGCGCACCGCGCAGGCGGCGACGCAAUCAAUGCGCCGCCGCUGCAGAUCCUGGUGGUGGGGUGCGGCAACUCGGAGCUGUCCGCGCAGCUGCACGACCACGUCGCGCUUCCCCUCGCCCCCGGCGGGCGCGUGCCCGCUGUCAUCACGAGCGUCGACUUCAGUACGGUCGUCAUCGAAGAGAUGAAACGCAAGAAUGACGCGGCGCGGCCGAACAUGAAAUGGCAUGUCAUGGACAUGACCGCCACCACUUACGAGGGGGGCGCGUUCGACGUGGUGGUGGACAAGGGCGGGCUGGACGCGCUCAUGGGCGAGGAGGGCGGCGACGCCAGCAGCGCGGGCGCGCGCCUGCUGCACGAGGUGCAGCGCCUCGUUGCCCCGGGGGGCGGCCGCUACCUCUGCGUCACACUCGCCCAGAGCCACGUGCUGGAGCUGCUGCUGCGUCACUUCCGAGCCGCCACAUGGACGGUGGUCAUCCAUGCCGUGCCCAUCGCCCUGCACACCGCCCCCUCGCCCCUGCGCCCCUUCCUCGUCGUCGCCACCAACACCGCUCCGCUCUCCCCCUCUUUUUCCUCCGCUCCAUCACCCGCGGCACCGCUGCUACCGCUAGUGGCGACGACGUUCGCGCGCGUGGCUCACAGCGGCAUCCACCCCGAGCAGCUGGCGGACAUCUUCACCCUCGUGGACCGAGAAAAUCAAAUCCGCUCCGCGCCCUGCAUGGCGCCGCCACUCCCUGCGCGCGCUGUGGAUGCGAGCAGCAGCGCGGAUGCAGGUGCCGCACCGCCGUCCCUGGCAGCGCUGGCAGCGUACAGUGCGGGCAGGCGUGUGCUGUGCCGCCUCACCCCGCAUGUGCCAGGGGCGGCAGCAGCGGCGCAGGGAGAGGAAUGUGGGGAGGUCGUUGUGAUGGCUCCAGCGCCGGAUGAUGGCUCUUCCUCCCCUGCCACGGACUCACGUGCUGCUGCCAGUGCGUUCUUGGGUGUGGUGCUGGACGCCACGCCCGCCAUGCUGGAUGGCGCCUCCCUGCCCUGUGCGGUCUUCCUCGUGCCCCAGGGCAUGAACCGCGAUUGGCUGUAUGCAUCGGAGGAGGGGCAGUGGCAGCUGGUGGAAUCAGCCAAUGCGCAGCGCCUCAUUCUGGUGCAGCAGAACGAGCAGGCGGGGCAGCUGCCAUUGACCAUGGCGCAAGUACAGGAGGAGCUGUCACCGCUGGUGCGGCAGCUGGCGCCAGAGUACUGCAGGAAGACCCGCUACGCCAUCCCGUACAUCACCACGGAGACGGCUGCCGUCACCGGCACUGUGCGCGCUGAGGUGGUGUCAGCGACGACGGGCGCCAUGGUGGUGCUGGACGACGUGCGCUCGCCCCCCCUCUGCACUCGCCGCCUCGUCUUCCGCCGCAACCCCAACCUCGUGCAGUCCGAGGCCCUGCUCGUCCCCGCCCCGCCCCCCGCCCCUGCUGCCCCGCAAGAGGAGCCGCGCGGCAGUGCAGGGGGUGGGGCGUCUGAUGGAAUAGCCAAGGCGGGUGAGAAGAAAGGUGCGGCGGGAGGAAAGCAGAAGCAAGGGAAGGCAGCAGCAGCAGCAGCAGAUUCGGCAGCGGGUGCAAGUAAGAAGAGCAAGAAAGCAGCGACAAAGGCCGGUCGGAAGCAGCAGGCGGCAGAGGAGGCGGGGAGGAGUGCAGCGGUGGAGUGGGUGGUGGAUCACGGGCAGCUGGCGAGUGAGUACCACGGCGCCAUGCUCGCCGGGCUCAGCCUCGUGGCGCCGCUCAUGGAGGCCAGGGAGAGCACCACCGCCCAGCUGACAGCAGCCGUGAUAGGGCUGGGAGGAGGAGCUCUGCCCAUGUUCCUGCGCCAGCACUUCCCCUUCACACGUAUCACCGUGGCGGAGCUGGAUGCGGUCAUGGGGCAAGUUGCCAGCGACCACUUUGGAUUCACACAAGACUCCGUGCUGCGAUUGCACAUUGGGGACGGUGUGGCGCUCGUGCACUCCAUGGCAGCGCCCCGCGGCACCCAAGGGGCGCAUCAAGAGGCACUGGUGGAGCACACGGUAGCGGCAGUGCAGCGCGCCACAGCAGCUCUGGCCCUAUCAGGCAGUUCUGAGUGCGGCAGAGGAAGGCAAGGGGGAGCGGGGGUGGACGUGAUAUUCGUGGAUGCUGACUCCGAUGACCCCAGCACGGGAAUGAGCUGCCCGGCGCAAGUCUUCUUGGAGCCGCAUUUUCUUCAGUCUGCCCGAGCUGCCCUGAAUGAGGGAGGGAUGCUUGUGCUGAACGUGGUUGCGCGGGCAAGCAGCAAGUACAAGGCGGCUGUAGCUGCUGUGCGACAGGUGUUCGCAGCGGUGUACGAGGUGGACGUGGAUGGAGACAUCAACCGCGUGCUCUUCGCACUGCCUGCCACGCCGCCUGCACUCGCCGCAUGUGCAGAUGAGGUAGCAGCAGCGAGGGCCCUCAAGCUUGGUGCAGUGCGUGUGGCGGCGCUGGCUGGGAGAUUUGCUCCCUGGGGCAAAGGGCCCUCGCUCGUGAAGCUGGCAGGCACCCUCAAGUUGGCUGCAUGA